AUUCAAUUGUCUUACUCAUAAAUGUCUUAUGGUUGGUCCUAUAUGGUUGUUAUUGUUUAGUCGGCGAAGAUGGAGAAUGGCCAAAUGACAAGGGGAAAGUCAAGCUAGUAGGUGAUGAGUCCUUAAGGUGUUUUGCCGCGGCGUCGGAAGACAGGAAAACACCGGUGUCGUUUGAAAUGGCAGCUUCGAGAAUGGAUCUGGACGGGAGACCAAUAAAGCCAAUUACGAUAUGCAUGAUUGGAGCGGGAGGCUUCAUUGGCUCUCACCUCUGCGAGAAAUUAAUGUCGGAAACGCCGCACAAGGUGCUCGCCUUGGACGUUUACAAUGACAAGAUUAAGCACCUCCUCGAGCCUGACUCUCUCCCUUGGGCUGGCCGUAUCCAGUUCCACCGACUUAACAUCAAGCACGAUUCUAGGCUUGAAGGCCUCAUCAAGAUGGCAGAUCUCACGAUAAAUCUUGCGGCGAUCUGUACUCCGGCAGAUUAUAAUACACGCCCGCUCGAUACGAUUUACAGCAAUUUUAUUGAUGCACUUCCUGUGGUGAAAUACUGUUCAGAGAACAACAAGCGUCUUAUUCAUUUCUCGACUUGUGAAGUGUAUGGUAAAACCAUCCAAAGCUUUCUGCCUAAAGAUUCUCCUCUCCGUCAGGAUCCUGCCUACUAUGUUCUUAAGGAAGAUGUCUCGCCCUGCAUUUUUGGCUCUAUUGAGAAGCAGAGGUGGUCGUAUGCAUGUGCGAAGCAGUUGAUUGAGAGGCUCAUUUAUGCUGAGGGAGCAGAGAAUGGCCUUGAGUUCACCAUUGUGAGGCCAUUUAACUGGAUUGGACCAAGGAUGGACUUCAUUCCCGGCAUUGAUGGUCCAAGUGAGGGAGUUCCAAGAGUUCUAGCGUGCUUUAGUAAUAAUCUCCUUCGCCGUGAGCCACUUAAGCUUGUUGAUGGUGGCCAAUCUCAGAGAACUUUUGUUUACAUAAAGGAUGCUAUUGAAGCUGUUCUGUUGAUGAUUGAAAACCCAGGCAGGGCCAAUGGUCACAUUUUCAAUGUGGGUAACCCGAACAAUGAAGUUACAGUUAGGCAACUUGCUGAAAUGAUGACUAAGGUCUAUACCAAGGUUAGUGGAGAAUCUGCACUGGAGACUCCAACAAUUGACGUCAGCUCCAAGGAAUUUUAUGGCGAGGGAUACGAUGAUAGUGACAAGAGAAUUCCAGACAUGACCAUAAUAAAUAAACAACUUGGUUGGAACCCCAAGACAUCGCUUUGGGACUUGCUUGAAUCUACACUGACCUACCAACACAGGACUUAUGCUGAAGCUAUUAAGAAGUCGAUGGCAAAACCUACUUCAUCCUAAGUAAGCAAACGAACAAACAAAAAUUUUAAAGAUAUGCCUAAGCAAGGACUCGCAUAAAAUGUGCUUUAUUCGCAAAUGUUUCAAUUUCUUUUAUACUUUCAUUUAGGAAGUCUUAAAUAUAUACAUAUCCAGUUGUAUUUUUUUGUUAUAUGCCAAAUAUUCUUUUUUUUUGUCUUUCCUUGUGUUGAUAGCUCACUGUUAGCUAUGUUCUCAGUAUGGAAUUAUGUGGAGACAUUAUUAGAUUUCUAUUAGGGAACGAUAUUUUUUUAUUACAUUAUAUUUAUUCCAA